AAGCUGUGUUGUUUUUUGCAAGCUGUAGAAGAAAAGUGUAAUGCUUCAGAAUUCACUGAAUGACCUGCCUUGACUGAGCACAUUGACCCUGUACACCUGAAUGGUUUGUUACGAUAGACUUCACCGCAUGAAGUUCGCCGUGGGCCGGUUUCAAUCAUGCAAAGAUUGAAUGCGCAGUCAUGCAUUCAAGAUCCAGCCCUUCGUAAAUGAAGGUUCCUGUGCUUUUCUUGUACGUGAAGCCCUCGCAGAAACACAAGAGAUCCCUAAAGAUGGCAGAGGCUCACCAAGCCGUCGCCUUCCAGUUCACGGUCACCCCGGACGGGAUCGACCUGCGGCUGAGCCACGAGGCCCUGAAGCAGAUCUACCUGUCCGGACUUCAUUCCUGGAAGAAGAAGUUCAUCCGAUUCAAGAAUGGCGUCAUCACUGGCGUGUACCCAGCGAGUCCUUCCAGUUGGCUCAUCGUGGUGGUGGGUGUGAUGUCAACCAUGUACGCCAAGAUCGACCCCUCCUUGGGCAUCAUCGCAAAGAUCAAUCGGACCCUUGACACGACUGGCUACAUGUCCAGCCAGACGAAGAACAUCGUCAGCGGCGUCCUCUUUGGCACAGGCCUGUGGGUGGCCCUCAUCAUCACCAUGCGCUACUCCCUGAAGGUGCUGCUGUCCUACCACGGCUGGAUGUUUGCGGAGCACGGCAAGAUGAGUCGCGCCACCAGAAUCUGGAUGUGUAUGGUCAAGAUCUUUUCUGGCCGAAAACCCAUGUUGUACAGCUUCCAGACGUCCCUGCCGCGCCUGCCGGUCCCGGCCGUGAAAGACACCGUGAACAGGUAUCUGGAAUCGGUGAGGCCUCUGAUGAAGGAUGAGGACUUCAAGCGGAUGACGGCCCUCGCCCAGGAUUUUGCUGUCAAUCUCGGACCGAGGUUACAGUGGUAUUUGAAGCUGAAAUCCUGGUGGGCUACGAAUUACGUGAGUGACUGGUGGGAAGAGUACGUCUACCUCCGCGGCCGGGGGCCUCUGAUGGUGAACAGCAACUACUACGCCAUGGAUUUGCUGUACGUCAUACCGACUCACCUGCAGGCAGCCAGAGCAGGCAACGGGAUCCACGCCAUCCUGCUCUACAGACACAAGCUGGACCGGGAGGAAAUCAAGCCAAUUCUUCUUUUGGGGUCCACAGUUCCGCUCUGCUCGGCGCAGUGGGAACGGAUGUUCAAUACUUGUCGGAUCCCAGGGGAGGAGACAGACACCAUCCAGCACUUAAGGGACAGCAAGCACAUCGUCGUGUUCCACAAAGGGCGCUACUUCAAGGUCUGGCUCUACCACGACGGCAGGCUGUUGAAGCCCCGGGAAAUCGAGCAGCAGAUACAGAGGAUUUUGGACGACCCGUCGGAGCCUCAGGCUGGGGAGGCGAAGCUGGCGGCCCUCACUGCCGGAGAAAGAGUACCCUGGGCCAAGUGUCGCCAGGCCUAUUUUGGGCGUGGAAAAAAUAAACAGUCUCUUGAUGCGGUGGAAAAAGCAGCGUUCUUCGUGACCCUGGACGAAACGGAACAAGGAUACAGAGAGGAAGACCCGGACGCGUCCAUGGACAGCUACGCCAAGUCCCUCCUGCACGGCAGGUGUUCUGACAGGUGGUUUGACAAGUCCUUCACAUUUAUUGUUUUCAAAAACGGCAAAAUGGGCAUGAACGCGGAGCACUCCUGGGCCGACGCCCCGGUCGUCGGCCACCUUUGGGAGUAUGUCAUGUCCACUGACUGCUUUCAGCUGGGUUAUGCAGAGGAUGGACACUGUAAAGGGGACACCAACCCCAACAUUCCAUACCCCACCAGGCUCCAGUGGGACAUCCCGGAAGAAUGUCAGGAUGUGAUAGAGACGUCCCUGAACACCGCGAACAUUCUGGCCAGCGAUGUGGAUUUCCAUUCUUUCCCGUUCCACGCUUUUGGUAAAGGACUGAUCAAGAAAUGCAGAACGAGCCCGGACGCCUUCGUCCAGCUCGCCCUGCAGCUGGCCCAUUACAAGGACAUGGGCAAAUUUUGCCUCACCUACGAGGCCUCGAUGACCCGGCUCUUCCGGGAGGGGAGGACGGAGACCGUGCGUUCCUGUUCCUCUGAGUCGUGCAACUUUGUGCUCGCCAUGGUGGACCCCACCCAGACGGUGAAACAGAAGCUCAGAUUGUUCAAGAUCGCAUCCGAGAAACAUCAGCAUCUGUACCGCCUCGCGAUGACCGGCUCUGGGAUCGACCGCCAUCUCUUCUGCCUUUAUGUGGUGUCCAAGUACCUGGCCGUCGACUCCCCUUUCCUUAAGGAGGUCUUAUCUGAGCCUUGGAGAUUGUCCACCAGCCAGACCCCUCAGCAGCAGGUGGAGCUGUUUGACUUGGAGAGGAAUCCGGAGUACGUGUCCAGCGGAGGGGGCUUCGGACCGGUUGCCGACGAUGGUUACGGCGUGUCGUACAUUCUUGUGGGAGAGAACCUCAUCAAUUUCCACAUAUCUUCCAAGUUCUCCAGCCCUGAGACGGAUUCUCAUCGCUUUGGGAAGCACCUGAAACAAGCAAUGAACGACAUCAUGGCCCUGUUUGGGUUCAGCUCCAAUUCCAGAAAGGAAUUCCAUUAGAGCUACCGUGAAGGAAAAUGAGCUCUCCGGAGAAAAACCAAAUGCGAAAUAGCUCUUAAUCCUGAUUGUAGUUCAGGUUGAAAAAUUGCUCUAAAAAACUCAAAAGUUUUCCUUCCAUCCAGGGUUGGGUGUUUUUGUUUUUUCUAGAACAGCAGGCUCCACCUCGUGAAGUAUGACCCUGCUACUUCUGGGCAGGUCCUAACCCUGGGAACAUUUGCUGAAGCCCCCAAAAGUCUUUGCAUCGACAUGUGGUUAUUAAGGGAUUAAAAUAUGGUUGCGCUAAUUAAGGGAUUAGUGGGGUUGUGACUUUGCACGCCUUGGAAAUGAAAAUGGCACGCUUCCUCGGUGGCCACUGAAUCCGUGGUCCUUAUGGGCAUUUAAUUUCAUCAGAGCAACAUAAACUUUUGUUCAGAGAGAAGAGCGUUGUUCACGUUGGAGAGGUUAACACUUACAGCUGACACUCACAUGAUAUGCUAAAGAAAAUGCUGUGCUUUUGGAAACAUUUUCGUCUGUGUGGGUAACUCUGUCAUCGUCUAGUUUGCUAGUGUGUGUCUGUCUCUCCACGUUUGAAGCAAGUAGUAGGACACAUCUUUAGUUUCACUGAUUGCAAGUCUUGAAAACCCAGUGCCUUAAAAACGGAAGGCCCUAAAUGUAAGGGGGGGCCCGUAUGAAAGGUUUAUUUUAUAAAGUCUUCAGGUGGAAUCGAGGGUGUCUUACUCCCUUCUCACUUUACUGAGUGAAUAACCCUAAAUAAGCAUUUUCCUGUCAUUUCCCUACCCCUAGAAAGACCAGUUUCCUUGUGAAGGCAGCUAGGCUGGUUUCCCCCAUCAGACUGCCUUCCUUUCAUGAUCGCGCUACAAAAGAAAGAAUGGGUGUGUGUCAGAAAUGGAGAGCGAGGGAUGUAAUGAUCAAAUAUUAUGUAUCUGGAGCAGUCACUGAAGAGUGGAAUAGAACAUGUGCCUCAGGAUUACCGCUUACCCAAACUGAUGGCAAGGAGAGCAGGACAUUUGCCACUAAGAAGGGAGCAAAACUUGACAAAAGGGAAGAGUGACCUCAAAAUGGUCGAGGGUCAGCUCCGGUACGCCAGGAGGACUGCUUUCUCAUCCCACACGGGAGAGGCAAGACUCACUCUUGUUUCCAAAGGAGCUGGAGGUAGCUGGAAACAGUAUGCUGGGCCGUCUCAGUGACCGACUGGAACGUCACAAAUGAUGGGUGCUAGGUUUAACCCAGCCUACCCUUUUGAUGGGAGUGCCUUUAUGGAAGGAGUGUGGUUGACCAAAAAGCAAUUAUGCACUGAAUCGUCUUCAGUAUUUAAUGUAAAAAUAAAGGAUCAUGGAAUGAAAUGCCCACUGCCUCUGGGCUGUAAUGACAAGCGUAGCUGUCCCUUUUUUAAAUUGCGUAUUUAUUUUUCUGACCACUUUGUUGGGCUCGCCUGUAAGAGUUCUGCACUCCAAUGAUACGAUGACGAGGCUGGGCUCUGGGAGGAGAGAACAGGUGCUUGGGGCAGAGCACAUGUGUAUUUUAUUUUUGUAUAUGUUGUAAUGUAAAAAUCCCACCUCAAUGGGCCAAAGAUUUUUUUUUUCUCUUAAAAGCAAGAAGAAAUGAAAACAGACAAAAAAGCAAAAAGGAAAACCAACAACUACAGUAAUAAACUGCCCCCUGCCCCCCCCCCCCCCCCCGUUCACCUGUGGUGAUAUAGUCAAGGAGGGGGGGUGGGGAUAGCCUGCUCUGCUCUGCCAGGCAUGGCUGCCUGUCAAUGCUGGCAUCAGUUGCUAUCAGAGCCACCUAAAUCGUGCACUGUGGACCCCUGACAAGUCUGUAUUACCUAGCAUUCACACGUGAAUUCGAGUGUAGACGUGUCAGCACUCAAACAUAUUUGGGCUUAUCUCUCAGGUUUUAAAUGUUUUCAGAUGUAAUUGUUGCAAAUCAGUGCAGUUAUCAAUGCAAUUUUAUACUCCUUAAAAGAAGGAAGAGUGGGUUUUUAUUGUACUUGUCGAAAGGAGGAGGUAAGAGUAUUAUGUAUUUAAUUUAAUUUGGAACAAGCCAUAGUGUCAACGGAGCUGUGGUUUGAAUUUGUUAUCUUGGACUGUCCAUUGCAUGUAAAUACAAUAUGCUCUUUUUGAUGUAAAUCUUAGAAAUGCAGUAUGAAGGUUAUCAUUAAUAAAAACAUUAAUCCUGGUCUACCACA